UGCUCAUCCCAAACAUGUCAAAGAUUCAUUGCCGUUCUCCCAGUUCUUAAGAGUUAUAAGAAAUAACUCGGAUAUCACUCGUUGUGAGGAACAAAUACAGCAAAUGUAUAAUAAAUUUACACAGAGAGGAUACACACGAGGGAUACUUGAUAAAGCACUUACAAAAGCUAGGGAUCGAAUGGCUGGUGGAGUGACACUAUCUCGGAAUAAUAAAGAUCGAAUUCCUUUUCCGAUGACAUACAAUGCCUCUACCACUCAAAUCUGCCAUGAAAUUAACACGAAUUGGCGUCUUAUGGAGAAUGAU